AUGCCACAGCCGACCUACUCGGGCACCAACUCGCAGGGCAACUCGUACACCACCUACAACAAUGGCGGCUACUCGUACAACAACGCGCCCUCCUCCUCCAACAACUCGCAGGGCUCGCACUACUACUCGCCCUCGGGCAACACGAGCGGCUUCUACACGCAGAACGGCGGCAAGAGCGGCGGCGGCUACUCGUACUACCAGAACUCCGCCGGCGAGCGCUCGUACAAGUGA